CCCGAGGCUGGAGGAGGGUGUGUGUGUGUGUCCGUCCGGAGGGGGCGUCUUGAGACACCACCGGCCCCACGGCGGGGUUCCAGGAGCGCCAACAGUGUCCCUUGCUGGCUCUCCUCCUCCUUUUUUUAUUCUCAAGUUCCUUUUUAUUUCUCCCUUGCGUAACACUCUUCUUCCCUUCUGUACCCCCACCCUCCCUACCACCUCCCGGCCACCCCACUCCCGAGGCUGCAGCCUCCGGCGGGGUCCCCGGCUCAUGCCAGCCUCAUCUCCUUCCUUGCUAGCCCCCAAAGGGCCCCCGGGAGACAUGGGUGGCCCGGCCCGAGAGCCAGCACUCUCAGUUGCCCUGUGGUUGAGUUGGGGGGCAGCUCUGGGGGCCGUGGCUUGUGCUGUGGCUCUGCUGACCCAACAAACAGAGCUGCAAAGUCUAAGGAGAGAGGUGGCGCGGCUGCAGAGGGCCGGAGGGCCUUCCGAGAAGGAGGAGGGGCAUACGUGGCUGAGCCUCCAGGAGCAGAGCCCCAACGCCCUGGAAGCCUGGGAGAAUGGGGAGAGAUCCCGGAGGAAGAGAGCAGCGCUCACGCAUAAGCAGAAGAAGAAGCACUCCGUUCUGCACCUGGUCCCCAUCAACAUCACCUCCAAGGAGGACUCCGACGUGACGGAGGUGAUGUGGCAACCGGCCCUUAGGCGUGGGAGAGGUCUGGAGGCCCAAGGAUAUGUUGUGCGAGUCUGGGACGCUGGAGUUUAUCUGCUGUACAGUCAGGUCCUGUUCCAUGAUGUGACUUUCACCAUGGGUCAGGUGGUGUCUCGGGAGGGCCAGGGAAGGCAGGAGACUCUCUUCCGAUGUGUCCGAAGCAUGCCCUCCAACCCGGAUUGGGCCUACAACAGCUGCUACAGCGCAGGUGUCUUCCAUCUGCACCAAGGGGAUGCUCUGAGUGUCACAAUACCCCGGGGAAGGGCGAAGCUCAGCCUGUCUCCGCACGGAACCUUCCUGGGGCUUGUGAAACUAUGAUUACGAUACGGACGGUGGUUUUGAGCUCGGAAGAUGACUGUGGGCGCGAACUGGAGACAGCCGAGAGGGAAGAGGGGCAGCGGCCUCUUCUCGGUUUGACGGUCACCGAUCUCCGCCCCCUCCUCUUCCCGUCCCCCCCCCCCCCCCCAGAC